AUGCGUUUCACCAUGCUCGCGCGCCUCUGCACGCUCGCCUUGCCGCUUCUCAGCGUCGGCCUCGGAGGCACUGAUGAUUGCGACCCGGCGAUUCCGGCGCGGAUGCCGGCCCUGCUGACAGCGCGCGCGCAACCCCUGGCGGGGCCGCGGUGCGUGAACCGGUUUCCGCAGAAGCCGCUGUGUAAGUUCGUCGACGACCUCGCCGCGUCGCCGCUCACCUUCCUCGACGCGCCGGCCGGCGAGACCAUCAAACUCGGCGCGUAUGACAAGUUCCAUCGCGACCUGCCCGACACCAAGGUGCAUGCGUGCGGCGCCUCCCGCAGCUCACACGUUCCCCUCCCCUUUCGAUUCUUCCCUCUCCCCAACCCAUCCCGCCCCCCCCCCACUCCGCCUGCCCAAUGCGAGCAGAAGUUCCAUCGCGACCUGCCCAACACCAAGGUGUAUGCGUACGGCGCCUCCCGCAGCUCGGCGCGCUACCCAGGCCCCGUGCUCGUCGCCACACGCGGCACCACCACCAAGGUGAGCGCGGCAUCACGAGCACCAGCGAGGGACAAGACACACAUGUUCAAGGUCGACCCCACACUUAGCGUGCCCGAACUCACCAACGGCGGUGUGCCCAUCAGUAAGUCAGAAAUAACCACGGUCUGGCCGUUCCUCAACGUUCGGCGAGCGAUGCAUCGGAUUCGCAUGGUGAAUGCAGCCAACGCGCGCACGUAUAACCUCACCUUCCAGUGCGCUGCGCGUGGUGACUCCAAUUUCAACCCCCCUCUUGCUGGACCCCUGCUGCCCUUCUACCUAAUUGGUUCUGACGGAGGCUAUCUCGCCCGUCCGCUGCGCCGCUCCUCCCUGCUUGUCUUCCCGGCCACGCGGCACGACCUGCUUCUUGACUUCAACGCUGCACCCGGAUGGUGCCGUGACAUCAUCAUUGUCAACAGCGCCAACAUUCCCUUCCCCAGGGGCCAGCCUCCUGACUGGUUCACGGGCGUGGUCAUGCGAUUCAUCAUCAACCAGGAGCCGCCUGUGAAGCCCCCUCCCUUGCCCGAGACGCUCUCGCACAUCCCCCCGGUGGACCUCUCCCAGGCAGUGAAGCAGCGUUUUCUCGCCGUAGUGUUUGUGAUUGACAAGGCGUUGCAUGAACCGACCGCCAUGCUUCUGGAUGGCAAGCACUACAUGGAUCCAGCCACUGAGAAGCCCAGAGUGGUGAGCAAGCAUAGACUACCCGAGGGAACUUCGGAGCUUUGGCACAUCGUCAACCCGAGCUUCGAGGCGCACCCCAUCCACCUGCACCUCAUACAGCACCGCCCCAUCUCCCGCCGUCCGAUCGACUCCGGCGGGCUAAUCAACGGCUCCUGUUCGCUCGAUCCCGCCUCCUCCAAGCCCAGCUGCUUCACUGGCCCGGCUCGGCCCGUGCCGCUGCAUGAGAGGGGGUGGAAGGACACCACCGUUGCAUGGCCGGAUAGCGUUCUCACCAUCUUUGUGCCGUUCAAGGGGCAGGUGAGAUGCGGUGCAGUGUGGUGGGGGGGGAGGUGGUUGGGUGGAAGGACACCAUUGUUGCAUUCCCAGUUAGUGUUCGCAGCAUGA